AGUGAGAGUGAGGGUGGCGUGGCGGCCGCGUGGUCGAGUGGUGGUAACAGUGGCGGCUCCAGGACGCAUGCGGCCCGUGUUGAUCCCUGUGUGUUAUGGCUGCUCCUCACUAACCCGUACAUCUUCACGCCUUGGAAAUUCUUCUAUUAGAGCAAACCCAUUUCUUCAAAUAAAGAAUUAUAUUGUCCAAAAAAGUGCUCAGAAGAACUAAUUAUGAAGAAGAAUAAGAACAAAGCAAGAGAGGGAAAGUCUCUUCAAGUGAUUAAGAAACCAAACACAGCAGUUCUCAAGAAAAAUAAAAGGGGAAAGAAUAAAAAUAAAAAGACUUUACAAAUUAACGGAAAUGUGAAUGAGCUUAUGACAUUGUCCUCACCUGUUGAUGCAUCUUCUAUUCCCAAAAAGAAUAAGAAAAAUAAGAAAGGAAAAAAGAACAUUGCCAAAAAUGAAGUCAAACCCGUAACUGAUGUGUCUACCGAGAAUGAAGGCACACCAAUGGCUGAGAUGUCUUCAGCCAAUACACACACUAAUCCUAAGAAAAGAAAAAGGAAUAAAAAUAAAUUUUUAGCACAGAAAACAUCUGGUACCACUGAGACUGAAGAAUCUUCAACUAACGGGCUUGUUAGUCUGAAGAAAAGAAAGAUUAUUGAAAAUGAACUUGUAUCACAGGAGGACUCGGGCAAAUCAGAUGUCGCAGUAGAAGGCAAGCCAAAUUUACCAGAUAGUGAGGGGAAGAAGAAAAGGAGGAAGAAGAAGAAAAAUUUGAAUAAAGGGUCACCAUCAGCACCAGACCCCUCGACGACUGUCUCUGUUCCCAGUGAAAGCCGUACUGCUUUGAAGCCUAAAGUAAGAAAAGAUAGUCCGGAUCAGGCAGGAAGAACACUCUUUAUUGGUAAUGUCAGUGCAAAUGCCAAGGUUAAAGAUCUUAGGCGUCUCUUCAACAAGUACGGUAAGAUUGAGACGGUUAGGUUUAGAAGUGCAGCUGUAAAUGACCCCAAACAAAGCAAAAAAGAAGCUGUCAUUACGCGUAACUUACAUCCUUCACGAUCAACUUUGAAUGCUUAUAUUCGAUUUGCGGAUAGCAGUAUGAUGGAGGCUGCUUUGGAGGUUAAUGGUGUAGAAUUUCUAGGGAAGCAUCUCCGUGUUGAUAAGGCCGUUCCAAAUAAAGAGCGGAACACCAAGAAUUCAGUUUUUGUUGCCAACCUUUCAUUUGAAGUUGAAGAUGAGGAUCUUCACGCACACUUUGCACGCUGUGGCGAGAUAGAGAGCGUACGAGUUGUUAGAGAUACCAAAUUAUUGUCUGGAAAAGGAUUUGGCUAUGUUAACUUUAUGUCGACGGAUUCAGUAGAGAUUGCUUUACGUUUGAAUGGCCAACUCUUCAUGAAUCGUCAGCUGCGAGUACAGCGCUGCCUCGAGAAGUCCAAGGCUGACAGGCUGGCAAAACGGAUGGGAAAGAAGGCAAAGAAGGUGGAAAAGAAGGUAAUUAAGGCCAAAAAGGAAAAUAUCAUCCAAGAGGAUGCUGACGAUUCUGAGGAGGGGAACAUCAAAAACAAAAAAUUUAAGAAGGCUAAGAAUAACCUAAAAACAAAGAAGCUGGGAGUUGUAUCCAAAAAGCAGGGCUUGGCAUUCAUGAAGCCCAUUAAGACAAAUUCAACAAAGAGAGAGCGGAAGAGUGACGACUUCUCCGGGGUGAAGAUGAUGGAAACCAAGAAAUUUAAAAAGAUGAAGAAGAAGGGAAAGUUCACCAGUGAAGAUAAAAAGAAGUUUGCCAUAGCUCGCCAGCUGACUGGUGUCAAGCCAAGAGCAAAGAAAGCGGCUUAAAUUAGUUUGCUGGAAGUGGUGUUGCAAUAUUCUUAAUAAUGGUUGUUUUGAUUUCAGAACUUUGAAUGGUCUGUUCAUUUUUUUGUUUUAUCAGUAGUAGUACAGGGACACACUUAAAGUAUUUUUUAAAAGUAUUAUGACCAUUUUUUUACUUAUAAAUUAUAUGGAAGUUUUAUGAAAUAUAGAAAGUAAAAUCUUUGUUUAUUUGCUGUAUUAUUAUCAUCCUUAUGUAAUAUAAUAUCUUUUUUGAUAUUUAGAGUAGUAAAUUAUAUAAAUUUUAUGCUAUUUAUUAUGCUUAAAAGUGGUAUUAUUUGGGCAUGUGCUUGUCUAACUCUUGUACCCCAGGGGUUCAGCUGGCUUCAUGGACCCACCAAAAAAGUGUUUCAUAAAAAUUCAACCUUA